UCAACAUUCACCAGAACCUGAGAAUCUCAGACCGCUCUUAUCCAUCUCGCAGAAGCAGAGGAUUGUUGUUGCGAUAGGAUCUGCGUCGUUUUCGAGCUACCGAUUCAAAGAGGAAUUAUUAGACUUUUGUUCGCGGGGAGAAGCCAGGCGGACACAUUCAUAACACGCCGGGGAGGCUCACAUACAAAACUUGUCCUCGAGAUAGGAAUCUGAACAACCUCGCCAGCGUCGAUACUAGAUUGCCACACUAUCGCCCUCGAUUGACAUAGAUUGGCAUUGAACAAUAGAUUUAGCUCAUCGCAGACCUCUCGCUUUGCGUGUCUACAUCGUGUCAAGAGCUUCUUCUCCCAGGCAAUCGAGGCAAUACCGCACGGGAAGCUCGUCUGAGCGGUCACAUCGGCAUCUACACGACAGAUCAUCGCUAUGUCGGUCGACUCAACGCCACCGUUUGACAACGUUGGCCUCGGCUCGUCAUUUCCGCCUGCUGAAUCGACGAGUAUGGACAUAGCUCCUCCUCAGGGCGAAGAAGCGAUCGACUUGGACAGCUUGGUCAGGGAUGAAGCGAUGAUCGGGGAAGGAGAUCGACCGGCAGACGACCAGGUCGAUAGCCUUGGCUCGUCGGAACCGCCUGCCCAGGUCCAUCAGCCGGUACGAAUACAGGGAUUUGAACCACAUCAACCUUCUCCGCAGGCAGGAAACCCGACGGGUUAUGUGGGCGUACAAGGAUAUUCGGGAGAAGCAACCAGCGCGUUCCGUGUAGGAGCUUCUCCGUUUGGCUCGAACGGGGAAUCUUCCGCAACAACAAGGACGAACCCACCAGCAGUGACUCACGACGAAGGUUCUCCUGAAGUCGAGGUCGUCGGAGAGUCGGGACCUUCCAUGACCGCUCAACCUGGUCAUCCUUUUCGAGCGGACUAUAGUCAAGUGAUGAACCACCCUCACGCCCCGCCACAACACCCUUUUUACUCUCAACAAGGCCCGUCUGCUUAUCAGAAUGGCACAUCAGCGGGCUUCGUUCCUCAGGGAUAUCACAGCCACUCUCCUCAUCCCAACGCCUACCAAGUCUCCCACAAUGUACAUGCCAACAAGUUCUCUGGGCCACCAUCACCUUCGAUGCCUGCACAAUCGUCCUCUUCAAAUGGAGUCGCCAUCGAUCUUACCAACGAUGACGUUGCCUCUCGCUACUCACAGCCUACCGAAGUCCAACCCCCCCAACCUGCUCAACUGGACCUGACAGACCGUCGACCAGUGUGUAUCGGCUCGGUAGAUACGCAGGCGUUGAUCUUGUACCCGAUCUCGAUCAUGCAAAAGGGGAGCAACCGGGACGAGCUCCUUCGGUCGGGAGACUUGAGGGUGGAUCAGGGUGGAGAGGAGUGGCUGAAAGUCAAACUCAAGUUCAGGAAGGGCAAGGGAGUUGGACAGGCGGCAGGAGCUGCGGGGGAUGCUGGAAGUGGUCAGAGCGCGGACACGGUGAUCAACAUUAUGAGCUCCAAGCAAACGGUGGUCAUCGGUGUUGUCAAUGGGCAGGUACACGCGAUGUUCGCUCCGCUCAUGGCCAAAGGUCUGAUCAGGCUCGAAGGAUAUAUCAAACGAGGCAAGCUCGAGAACAUGUUCACGGCGGUCCUGAAUAUACUGUGCUUCACGUUGCCGUCUAACGUGACGUACCUCGCCGAAUACAUGGCCAAUAUGUCCAACUUUCUGGAUCACCCUCUGCCGUACUAUAUUCCCGAGAACCAUUUCGAUUCGCCCAUCUAUUACAACCCGCACAACCCGCCCGUCGAAGGAUUCCGGGCGAUGAGGAAAAACAGGCUCGACAUGAUGAUGGGUCGAGGCAUGAUGCAGCAGCAACAACAAAAGACGAUCGAUAUCCAGCGAGAUCAGGUGGAUCAGGUGUUUAUGGCGCUUCCCAGCCAUGACGAUCUUCCGCCGACCGAUCCGGGGGAUAUGAUCAAGACGAAACUGUUCCCGCAUCAGUUGAAGGCGAUCACAUUCUUGCAACAGCGGGAAAGCGAACCCGCUGCGAUCAAGGCGGCCUCUGCAGCGUCCAAGGAGGAAAUCGAGAUCGUCGACGUUGACGCCGAGAUGACCGAGGAGGAGAAGAGGAAGCAGAUCAAGAGGAUGCAGAAGAAGGCAGAAAAGGAUACCAAGAAGAAAGGUGUCAACAGUCUGUGGCUGCCAAAGUACGAUAGUUCGGGAAAGAAGAUCAAGGGGUGGAAGCACUUGGUCACUGAUGAGACGGUCAAGGGCAAGGACAAGCCCGUCGAGGCUAGGGGCGCUAUCUUGGCAGACGAGAUGGGUCUGGGAAAGACCUUGUCGAUCGUCAGCUUGGUUGCCUCGACCUUGCCAAGCGCUAGGAAAUUCGCUCACGUCUCUUCAAAGGAUGAGCCGAGCGAUUCGGAAGGAUCGGACGGCGAUAACGACGAUGACGCGGGAGAUCUCGACGCUUCGCAUUUUGCCGGAUCUGUAUAUGGGAUGCCUUCAGAGGAGACCAAUAGCAAGAAGCGGAAGAGGGAGACGGGUUAUAAAUUUACGCCAGACAAGAUCGCCAAGCUUGAACGUAAAGCUCGGAUGGACAGGUUGAGGCUGAAAUCCCGAGCGACCCUCUUGAUCUGCCCCUUGUCCACCGUCUCGAACUGGGAGGAGCAGAUACGAGAUCAUUGGAGGGGUAAAGUCCACGUCGUAGGUGCGUCGGACAAGGGGAAAAAGACGGAGAAGGCGCAGCCGGAAAAGGGUGACCUCAAGAUCUACAUCUAUCACGGCAACUCGAGAAAGAACGACCUCGAGUUCUUGGCAGACUUUGACGUCGUUAUCACGACAUUCUCCGUUCUGCAAACCGAGUACUCAAAGCAGAUCAAGACAUCCGAGGGAGAGAAGAGUUAUUUGGAAAAGUCGCAUAUUAACACGGCCGCUUGCUCCUCGGCUGCAACGCCGAGCACUUCCGACUUCGGUGCCGAUGACCACGAAGGCAACGAUCUUGAUGGCUACGGUCAAUCGCUUACACAAGGACAUGAAAAGCCAGAGGUUCGUGCUGAGAGAUUGAGCCUUCAGCGCAACUCGGGAGACGCAAAGAAAAAGAACAAGAAUAUGGACAUGGACUUGUUCGGGAAGAAGACCGCAUCAGAGGUAGUCAGUCCGCUGCAAGCUGUGGAGUGGUUCAGGGUCGUGCUCGAUGAGGCUCACUUCAUCAAGGAUCCUACCACGGUUGUAUCCCGAGCAGCGUGCUAUCUCGAAGCGCAGCGCCGGAUCUGUCUUUCCGGAACGCCGAUCCAGAACAAGCUAGACGAUAUCUGGGCGUUAUUCAAGUUCCUCCGUCUGGCACCUUUCGACAAACGCGAGGUGUGGAACAAGUAUAUUAUGGAAUAUGCCAAGGCAGGCAACUCACUCGGAGUCGUGCGACUGCAGACCAUCCUCAAGCACUGCACACUGCGACGCACUAAAGAUUCCGUCAACGAUGACGGAAACAAAAUUCUCGAUCUGCCUCCCCGACAUGAAAGAAUCGUCAAGCUCAAGCUCUUGGAAGAAGAGAAAAAGAUAUACGAUCACCACUUCAUGCAGGGGCAGAAGCAGUUCCAAGAAGCCAACGAGGACGGCAGCAAAGUUGACGUCGUCAACAUUUUGCAGCAGAUUCUUCGUCUGCGACAAAUCUGCGAUCAUCCAUCGCUACUCGACACGUGCAUUGCCGAGGAUUUGGAAGAGGAGAUCAUGGCCGAUGGACUGAUGGAUCUGGAGACGGCCAAGCAAGCUAUCGAAAAGGAUGGUAUCAACCUGAGACGCGCCCUCGCCUAUAUUGCAAAUCUACGACCGGAAGAGCCUGCGUCCUGUGCGUCCUGUCAACACAGUUUCAAUGUGGCGGACAUCGUCAAGGAGGAUCCAGAGGGAGAGGAACCUGCCGCCAAGACGGCGAAAGGCCCCAAGCGCAAGACAAAAUCCAGCUAUCCCAUCUUGACCAGGUGUUGUCAUCUCUACUGUUUGGUGUGCUUCAAGAAGCUUGUCUUCCCCGAUUGGCCCAAGAAUGCCCUCAAUGCGGGUCGAACUUGUGGCUUGUGCAACAGGGCUCUUCGACUGGGCAGAGACGUGAUCGAGGUUUCGCCUGGAUCCACUGUCCUCGCAGAGAACGCGGACGGUAAAUCCAGGUCAAGACGGCGUCGGAAAGUCGACGACGACUUCCCUUACUCGGCCAAAAUGUUGGCACUACUGCACGACCUGCUCAAAAACUCGGCCGUCAACCCACAGUCUGAAAACUAUGAUCCUAUGGCCGACGUCACCGAGAUGGAUGAGAAAGGGCAACCGGUGGUGACGAAAUCCGUGGUCUUUUCGCAAUGGACUUCCAUGCUCGACCUUCUCGAAGGUAUGAUGGAGAAGCAUGGCAUCGGCUGUGCCCGAUUAGAUGGAACGAUGAAGAGGGAAGACCGCACGGAAGCUAUGGAGCGACUCAAAUCGGACGCGAAAUGCGAAGUCCUCCUGGUGUCCCUGCGGGCUGGUGGUGUGGGACUCAAUCUUGUCGCGGCCUCUCGAUGUUAUCUCAUCGACCCGUAUUGGAAUCCCGCGGUUGAAGCACAGGCGAUCGAUCGAGUUCACCGUAUGGGUCAGAAGCGGAAUGUUAUCGCUACACGAUACAUGAUCGAAGACAGCAUAGAAGAGUCGAUGCUCAAGAUUCAGGAGCGAAAACGAGAAUUGGCCAAUAUGUCGCUCAAUCAAUCGCUCAGCAAGAAGGAACUUCACGACCGCAAGAUGGACGACUUGAGAGAGAUAUUCAAAAAGUAGAGUGGUUGGCGGCGAGCAUCACUCCUGACAUAUAAUCCAAGUUCAGCCAUCAUACCUACGAAAAUAACGAAUCUGUACGAACACAAUGCCAGCGUGAAAUGUCAUGAGUUUGGUUAGGAA